AGUCGACCGGCAACGGCGGCGACGACGGCGACUCCUCGGACCAAUUGGCAUCGAUAAUUGCAAAUGGUCGUUUAAUAACAGAUGAUUGAACGCGUUCCGCGGCGCGCGGCAUAGCAUUUAUCUGUGAAAAGCGGUGGCGGCCGGCUGACGAACGGUGAUGCGCCGCCGGCUGACGCGCGUCUAUUGAGCGUUUAACCGGCGAGGUGUUUAAGACUUGAGAACGCGAUUCCGUUUUCUCGACGACAACGACGACAACGACGACGCGGCGGCAAGUACGCGAGAGCGACAGAGAGAGCGUGACGCGCGAGUGAGCGUAACGGGCGACCUUUGAAUAACCGCGUUUAUUAUUAUGUGAUCGGCGAGUCGAGAGACAACAACGCAAGGAAAACAGGAAGAAAGUCGAGAGAAAAUGCAGACCGCGCAGGCCAACAUUUUCUGCUAUAUCAUCGUGGCGAUUCUCGCUGUCCUGUCGACGCUCGGCCGUGCAGGGGGCGACGAUGGAACGCAUUUAAAGCUGUGCGAUGUAUCGGCGCUCGAGAACACGCAGUGCGGUAAGAAUGAGAGAUGCCGUGUAAGCAGCAACAGCGAGAAGGCGCAUUGUGAGUGCCAGCGAGAUUUUCAUUUAGUUAACGGGGAAUGUAUUAGAAUUACAUCUGCGGCGGCGAGUGUCGACGCUACCACCUUUAAGCCAGAUCAUAGAUCCGAGUCAGGAGGUAGCUCCGUAGCCGCCGGUCUGCUAAUACCAACCUUCCUCGUAAUAGUCGGUGUACUGCUGUAUUUCGGCGCGAGACGAUACAAAUGGCUGCAACGAUUUCGGCAGUUUCGUCACAAUCGUUACGGCAAUGUCCUAGUCACGAGAGACGACGACGACGAUGACGAUCCGCCGAUAGCGUAAAUAAAAAUAAAAAUGUUAUUAACGCGAACAGAGAUGCACACAUCGCGUGUACAAAAGACGCACUUGACCAAAACUCGAAACGCGAGAUUAAACGAGUGCAAUGUACGCUUCUCUUGAUAGUAUAUACGCAGUUACGGGUGUGAUGAGUUCUAGUAAACUUUGACACACGUACAUGUAUUCAAUCGGCGACGCUUGUGUGUCUUACCUUUAAGGAACAUUACC